GAAAAACGCGUAGUUAAAAUUUUCUUCUUUCCCUAACCCCUUAUAUCAACCUUUCUCUCUUUAUCGUUCCUCUCACAACUAAAACCAAAAAAAAAAAAACUUCAUUUCUAUCCGAGUCAACUCAUUCUGAAACUAAAUGAACUCGGACACGCUUCCCUCCUCCACGGCGUCGUUUUGGUGCUAUAGCUGCACGCGUUUCGUUCACCUUUUGGAUCACAACGACGUCGUUUGUCCCCACUGCACAAGCGGUUUUGUGGAAGAGAUUCACGCCGGUAACUCUCCGGCUGUUUCCUUGUUCGCAGACGGAAUCCAUUCUUCCAGGAGACAAACCUCCCGCCGGAGACGUCGUAACGCUGGCAACAGAUCGCCUUUCAAUCCUGUAAUCGUGCUUCGCGGACCUAGAGAGGACAACGGCGGUAGCGGCGGCGGUGAAAGUGAGGGGAGUAGCUUUGAAUUGUAUUAUGAAGACGGCAACGGCGCCGAUCUACGUCCGCUCCCGCCGAAUAUGUCAGAGUUAUUGCUUGGUUCAGGUUUUGAUCGGUUGCUUGAGCAAUUCUCUCAGAUCGAAAUCAACGGUUUCGGUAGGGCGGAGAAUCCACCAGCGUCAAAGGCGGCGAUAGAGUCAAUACCAACCGUCGAUAUCACCGACGCAGAGGUGGAAGAAGAAACGCACUGUGCGGUUUGCAAAGAAGCAUUCGAGCUUGGUUCGGAGGCGCGUAAGAUGCCGUGCAAGCAUCUUUACCAUUCCGAUUGCAUUCUCCCAUGGCUCUCUAUGCGAAACUCAUGCCCGGUCUGCCGCCACGAGUUACCUUCCGAUCAAAACCAAAAUCAAAACCCCUCGGAGACUAGAUUAUCUGGUCAGAGUCAGACCGACGAAGAAGCGGUUGGUUUGACGAUAUGGAGAUUACCAGGAGGUGGAUUCGCCGUCGGGAGAUUCACCGGUGGCCGGAGAGCCGGUGAGAUUCAGUUACCGGUUGUUUACACAGAGAUGGACGGCGGUAAUAACUCAAACGAAGAUUCUAGAAGCGUCUCUUUGGCAGUAGGAAGCAAUAGAGUUAGAGAGAGACGUGGCUUUCGCAGAAUUUUUCGUAAUUUUUUAUCGUUUUUUGGUUCCGUUAAUUUAAACCGUAGCCGUAGCGUUUCUGGUUCUGGUUCAUUUUUUAGUAGAAGUUCACGGCGAAGAAGCAGAACUUGGGUAACGGAAUAAUUAUUUGGUUACUGUUGAGAUGAAGUUAUGUUUGAAAAGCAAUUAAAUUAAAUUAUUCAUUUAGUGUAAAAUUAAUUAAUGAUUUAGUAGUUGAUUCUUUUGUAAGAAUUUCAUUAAGAUUGCUAAUGCAAUACAGAAUUAUCCAAUUUGCAA